UUUUUCUCAUUAUCUGACUAUGAUUCAAUUCUGAAAAUUGUUCCCGCCUUUGUUAACGUAUCGUCUAGAAUGUGUUACUCCUAUUUAAAUUACUUCAUUGAAGAUGUCUUCAGAUAUAUUUGGCGAUUAUACUGUGAAUUUUGAACUAAGAAAUGCUCAUUCACUGGAACCUUAAACCUUAACUUCCUACUGUGGCAUGAUUUUAAGCCUUUUGUUAUUUGACAUCGUCAUUGAACUUUUGUUAGUGAGUAACUAAAAACACAGGUGUAUUAUCCUAGGUUGCACGCUGUAUUAAUAUGUAUUAGGCUAUGUUUGAAUGGGUCAUUUGUUGCUGCAUUCGUAAUGUGUAGCAUAGUUCAUUCCAAUGGUUUUUGUCCUCCAGUAUUUAUCCAGGAAAGGGUGCAAGACCCUCGUGAAAAGCGAAGCAAAUAACUCUAGUGUAAUAUUCUUUUUGGCAAUGAAUUAAAAACGUCAUCUAAUAUUUUUGAAAAUUAUUUGGUAAUGAAAAUUUAUUUUAGAUUUUAUUUGCAAUGCGGUGAUUACAGAUCGAUUCCUUUAAAGAUGGUGGAGCAGUAAAUUGUUUGAAUCGAAGUCAGUAAGGUGCUUCGUGUUACAUCAAAUAAAUAUUUAGUUCGAAGCUUUUCUUGAGGAAAAAAUGGUUAGUUCUCGCUACAGUGUGGAAAUUUAUUAGAUAAAUAAAUAUGUCUAACCGCACAAAAUUUUUUUUGUGCUUGUUAGGAGCGGUCACCUUGACAUUGUCCAUAGUGUGCAGUGCGUUUUUAAUACUGUGAAAAGAAAUAAACAGUUAAACAUAUAUAUGGUAGCAGAAGGCCAGGCAAAAUCUCUUAAGGUUGUAUGCAAUUCUUUCUAAAUUUGGAGGUCUUGCCGUCUAACUGUAAUUUGAUUUAGACUCGAAAGGCUCUGGAAGAUACUGGAACCGACAGAAAAUUUCUGCAUUAUUAUUUUCUGGUUUGUCUUCAACUCUCUUGAAAUAGCUUAAAAAGCAGCUCAUAAAAUGGAUCCAGUGCUCACUUUGUCACCAUCCCCUUCCCAUUCGUCACUGGCGGAGGGAUCACCGAAUGCAUACAGAAGCCCUCAAACUACACCGAAACUGCCGAGAAGGGAGAGACUGGCUUCAUUCUCGAGACUCAUGGCAUCCGAAAAUUUCAUGGAUCUUUUACCUUCGAAAUCGAACGGCAGCAAAAGAAGAAUCAACUUGAGAGGAAGAAAAUUCGAGAUGGAAAACCUGCCUACGAUCCACGUUUCUCCUAGCAGUCCAGCGAAGAACAAUAUGAAAGCUAAAAAAAUUAUUGAUGGCACGUUUUUGCAAAAUAUUGGGAAUGGAUGUUUUAAAUCGCCUCAGUUGCCAUUUUCGCCCUGUUUACUGAACAAAAAAUCUCCGAUGAAUUUGUCGCCAAAUUAUCAGAAUCCAACACCCACAAAAAGCCCUUUGUACAGAUUGGAUCGCAAAAAUGGAUUUCUUGGAAGAGGUUCUUUCGGUAACGUUACUCUGUGUGUUUAUAAAGAUUCCAAAUUCGCGAUGAAAGUGACGCACCACACCUCCCCUUUCGUAGGGGAGAGAAAUUUUCUCGAAAUCCGUCAUCCACAUCUUGUGUCAAUACUUCACAUAUCUGAAGUCUCCGACAAGACGUUCAUCUUUAUGGAGUUUGCGGGGAAUUGUAACUUGCAGCAAGUCCUGGACACUAAAAGCGAGCUGGAUUUUCUCAGAAAAGUGAGUUUCUGCAUUCAAGUUCUUUCCGGGCUGCGUUACUGUCAUCGAAACCGCAUAGUCCACGCCGAUGUCAAGCCUGCCAAUGUCAUUGUGAGUCCGCAUGGCGUAUGCAAACUUGGCGAUUUUGGCCACAGCUUCAAUAUGGAUGCUGCCACUCAAGACUCUCGCGUUUUCCCACCGCAUGACAUCGUGGGGACAGCAGCUUACGCUGCUCCGGAAGUGCUGCGGGGAUCGCGGCCCACCACCUUUUCGGACAUCUAUUCAUUCGGUGUCUUGUUAUGGCAGGUCUACAGCAGAGAAAUACCUUUUGGCGGAGAACAUCCUCACAUAGUCAUAUACAAGGUUGCCAAUUACGGAGCCAGGCCAAAGUUUGCCUUCACUGACGAAGUUUUCGCUCGUCAUUUUUCUCGAGUGGCGGAGCUCUGCUGGCAGGAAGAGCCUAAUGAAAGAUUAGAACCUUCCCAAGCACUCCGUAUGCUUCAAGAGUUAGCGCAACAACUGAAACAGUGCCAAGUGCAUUGAAAAUGCAUAUUAUGGUUAAAAUUAGAAAUCUAUGAUUUUCGAGACUAAUCUCCUUUAUUUUAUCCUAUUUGACUUUUUUUGUAAUUAGUUGUGCUCUGAAAUUAAAUUU